AUGUCAACAUCAGCAAAGAAAUCCACUCCUUUUUGGUUUGGUGGUGCUGCUUCUUGUGUGGCAGCCACUUGUGUUCACCCACUCGAUCUCACCAAGGUGCGAUUGCAAACCAUGAAGGGCAAUGCCAACAUGGGCAUGCUUGGCACCAUGAUCAAGAUUGCUCGCACAGAGGGACCUCUUCGGUUGUAUGCCGGUUUAUCAGCAAGCAUUCUUCGACAAGCUACUUAUUCUACGGUACGAUUCGGUGUCUAUGAAAGACUCAAGCAAAGUACUUCAUCUUCACCUAGUAUAUGGCAAUUGUUGCUAUGUUCGAGUGCAGCUGGUGCUUUGGGUGGAGCAUGUGGCAAUCCCGGUGAUGUUAUCAAUGUCAGAAUGCAAAACGAUGGUCAGCUGCCACCUCAACAACGCCGUCAUUACAAGAAUGCAUUGGAUGGUCUUGUGCGGAUAAGCCGUGAGGAAGGUGUCAGUGCGCUAUUCCGAGGCGUUGGUCCCAAUGUCAACCGUGCUAUCCUUAUGACUUCUUCCCAAUGCGUCUCCUAUGACAUCUUUAAGGAUUUGCUCUUAAAUCACACCCCAAUGAAGGAUGGCCUUACUACUCAUUUCACAUCUAGUGUACUUGCGGGUUUGGUGGCAACGACCGUAUGCUCUCCAGUCGAUGUGAUCAAGACACGUAUCAUGUCAGCAAGCACUUCCGAACGUAGAUUAUCAUCCAUGACCAUCAUGUCACAAAUGUACAAAAUGGAAGGCAUUCGAUCUUUCUUCAAGGGCUGGACACCUGCAUUCAUUCGUCUCGGCCCUCAAACCAUCAUCACUUUUGUCGUCUUGGAACAACUCAAAACUUGGCAUCAUGCUCUGCAAGAUCAACAAUUGAUGGUCGCAAAGAUCUAA